UGAGUACGUUUCACAGGAUCCAGGCCUAGUAGUAUUGCCGCUGGGACUCUCCUCAUCCGCUUUCAAAAAAUUGGAAAUUGGCACAUUUAAACGCCCAAAUGAUCAGAUUCAGGGUGACGUGUGCGGUGGCCGACACUGGAAUGGGAGGAACCAUGCCAGCAUGAGUGGGCUGUAUACCGGCCCUGGCAGGGAGACUCAUCAGUCCAGCUGCCCUUUGACCCCAGGCCAUGAUCUCUCCGCCCCCUCCAGCUCCUCCAGACGCCAUGACCAUAAGAUCGGCCUGACCAUGUCUGCCACCGCCUCCUCCCUCAAGCAUGCGUCCAUCUAUGGGUUCGCACAAAGGGACCACUCCUCCUCUUCUUCUUCCUCCUCCUACAGCCCCCUCAGAAGGCUGCAGCACCUCACCACCAUGGUGAGCCAGCCUGACCUGGUGCUGCCGGCGAGGGAGCCGGAGAGGAGCUGGGAGUGGGGGCUGAACAAGAAGGAGAGGGGGAAGGAGAGGGGCACCUGGGCUGACUGCACCAGCGGUGAUUAUUCCGGUACAAGCAGAGGGGAGAGUUUAGGUAGGUCUUCUUCUGGACAGCAGCAGCCAGUGGUCCAAACAGGAAGUACGGACUUCCCAGCAGCCAACCAGAGCUCUUCUGCUGCCUCGGAGAAAAAGUCAGAGGGUUGUUUUUCCGGCCCGCCAAGCCCAGCCUUCUCUCUGGAUAGCAACAGCCCCUUCGCCAACGGCUUCCUCCACUUUGAGUCGUCCUUGUUCGAGGAUGACGACAACGACGAAGAGCAGGAGGCCGCGUCACCUGUGGGAGGCCUGCAGGACGAACGGGAAAGCGGGGGGAAAGUUCUCCAGUCUCCGCCGAAGGAUUUAAAUACAGACUCUAAGGAUGCUAACGCGUCGUCCGCUAAGGUGGUCACCCGGUCCCAGUCGUCGGGCCAGCGCAGGAGAUACUGGGACGGCUCGGAAGACGAGUGGGAGAGCGACACCGAGCUGUUGCUGCUUGAUGAUAGUCUCUCAAGGCCUUCAAUGAACAGCCUCAAGAAAAAGCCUUUGCCACCUGUGAAGUUUUUAGAGGGUGAAGUUAUUUGGGCAAAGUUCAACCGAAGACCAUGGUGGCCGUGUGAGGUGAUCGUUGACCCCACACAGGGACUCUAUCACAGAGUGAAAGAGCCCAGUGAAAGACCCUGUCGACUCUACCAUGUUAGGACCUUUGGGGAGCCUGUGGAGGUUACCUGGGUGGAGGACAAAGCAACUAACCCUUUUCAUGGUGGCUUUGAAUAUGAACAGCUCUGCUUACUGCGCCGGAGGGGGAAGCAAAGGGAACAGAACAUCAAAUGCACUAUUGCAAAGCGUUUCCAGGACUCUUGGAAUUCAAGUGUGGCUGAGGCUGAAUCUGUUUUACAAGAGAGACCAAAAAUGGCUUCCUCCUCUUCCUCCUUCAUAGAUGAAACCUUCCUUUACAGCUUAACACCAGAGAUGGUGAACAAGUCCCAUCCAACUUUUCCCCUCUCUACUUCCCCAACCCCCUCUGAGACAUCGCUGAUGACCAAUGGUUCCAUUUCAUCGCCAAUAACAACUCUAGCAAAACCAAGCACUUUAAAGAAAUCUGGCAAGAAGAAACCAAGUAAAUUGUCAAAGGACACGAGUAGAAAAAACUCCAAAAAGACUUUGCAUAAUAGCCCUGAUCAGUCAGAUAAAGACAAUGGAGAGUGUCCAUAUUCUGACAUUGACUCAGUCCCGAAGAUUUUGUGUCCUAAAGCACUUGAACGUCAGCAAAAGUUGGUUCCAACUAAUCCAACCGUGACAGCAGUCAAAGAGGCGAAGAAGCAGCCAGAGAUUCAGAGUGGUCUUUGGUUCAGCAAAUCAGGCAAAGACAGAAGACCCAAAACAACCAGUCCAAUGCCAGACCGCACUCUCUUUUGUAAAGUGCCCUGUAAGAAAAAGAGCUCAUCUGUUGUCAGUAAAAAGUCACUGGUUCCAAGUGUCUCCUCAUCAAGUGGUGGGCCCACUGACCAGUCAGUGUUAAUGGAGAAACGUAAGACUGUGGCGCCUGCUGAAACUAAUCUGCCUCCUGAACCAUCAGGAAACUUGACGUGUAACAGCACUCCAGUUGAAACCAGGUCUUUUGGUACAACUGGCAUUCCCGCUUGCCAGACAGGAAUGUCAAACAAGCAAAAAUCCUCAACCCCUGUUGAGACCAGUGUAUCCUCUAACAAGUCUGUACAUUUAGAAGUAAGACAGACAGCCAGUAACGCCAGUGAUAUCUUGACUCGAGCAGCAUCUGACCAGCUUGGUAGCUCAAGUGUUAAAAAGGCUGCAGAGCCCAGAACGAAAGUCAGUCCCAAUGACCAAUCUAGGUUGUCAGAGAGUCCGAAGAGUGUCAGUCAAACUGAAAAAACAGAAACUGUGACUAGUAAGAAGGUAACUGACAGAAUGACUGAACAAAAAGAAAAACAGACCAAUAAGACACCAUCCUUGAGUUUAGAUGCUGACACUACUGAUCAAUUAGCAAGGCUAGAAAAGCAUGCAAGUCUGGUCUCUCAGUGUAGACUGCCUUUUGUCAAAUUGAUACGUAAGGACAUAAAGGGAAAGAAGUUCCUGAACUCCAGUUUAACCAUAAAUCCCACUGAUGAACCCGGAUGUACAAAGAAAGAAAAAACGGCAGAUACGAAAGUGACUGAAACAUUCUCUAAAGUUUCAGAUAGCAUGGCUAGCAAAGAAAGUACUUCCAUAGAUAAGGCAACCAGUUCAGAACCAGAAAAGGUCUCAGUUAAAAAGUUAAAAGCAAGUGGUGGGACAGGUAUUCUUCGUCUCUCAUCAGAAUCAUCACGAGAGACAUCUGUUGAUGCAUCCAAUGUUGCAAGUGUUACUGAUGGGUUAGGUAGCCCAGAAGCAGAGAGGAUACCAGUUUUAGAUGUAAGCCAAAACAGUAAGACUUCAUCCUCUAACCAAUCAGACCAGUUAGAAUGUAAGAAGACUUCAACGUCUGUUAUAACGAGCAUGAUCUCUGACAAGUUAAGCACUUCAAAGAAAAAGAUUUCUUCCAUCUCUUGCACAGUUUUUCAUUCCACUUCUCCGCCUCUCCAUCGGCAGAGACAUUUAGCAAGUAGGAAUGCUCCUGUGCCUAUUAGCCUAUCUCCUGAGAAAUCCAAGACGGCCAUCCUGAAUUUAAAGCAAAUUCCAGAUAAGGUGAAUAAAGUUGUUCUUGAUGAGCAGCCUGCCCACCUCCCAGCCAGCGGUCGGCUGAUGACCAGAGCCCUGAAGGCAAUGCAGGAGUUGGAACAGAAGAAGCGUGAAAAGGCCCAAAAAAAGGUUGCGCAGAGAGAACUUGUAAAAAAAUGCAGAAAAGCUGAGGACCUUGUGUGCCAAUCUGGGGAUAAAUCCCCCAUGACUCCUGGGGCCAAACUUAAAUCUCCCUGUAAAGACAAUGUCAAGUGCAAUCAGGACACAUUUUCUAGACUUGAAACCUCCCCUUUGAUGUCCUCUCAAUCAGUUGACCUUGAAUCUGAUGUCAAGAGUGAAGAUGAAGACCUUUCAAUAUCCUCAACUCCACCAAUGGACUUUAUACCCCUAACUUCGAGGGUGAAGGCCAAGAAUGAAGAUCAGUCCAUGGACGUAAGCUCUUCAUCCUCUCCAUCCUCACCCUUUUCUUUUAUGAAUGCCUUAAAAAACGUGGAGGAGGUAUCCUUCCAGUCCCUGACAAAUGAUGGCGAUGGUAAACCCAUCUCUUUCAAAGCAGACACAAACUACAAGUUCAGCACUUUUCUCAUGAUGCUCAAGGACUUGCACGACACUAGGGAGCGAGAUGGGACCCCUUUAGAAUUGGAAAUUGGGCCACCAAGUGCUCAUGUGAAGGAGGAACCCUUGGUGAUGCCUGGGGAGGCUAAACCAGCAGGCCAUGAUCAACCAAUGGAAAAUGUCAAUAACCAUUCAAAUUCAACUCCAGACAACAUUGAAAUAACACAAAAUAUCAACACUAGUCAAACAUCAAAGAGGUCCUAUAACAGAAGGGGGGUGGGAAAGAAAGCAAACCGCAAAGUGCCUUGUCAUCCUGCCAGGUCUGGACCUGGUUUCCCAGGACUGGAGCCCUUACCUGCGAGGGACUCUUCGUCUUUAGCGGAUUGCUCAUCAAGAGUUCAGUCCCCGUCGGGCAUUGAGACCCGCAGCUGGGAGAGGCAGAGUGGGGGUAGUGGAGGAGGAGUUGAGGGGAUGGAGGAAGGGUGGAGCAGGCUAAAUGGGAAUCUACAAAACACGGUGCCUUUGGAGCAGACGGGAUGCAACACUACACUGGGUCUGGAAAAGCCGAACGGCCUUGUUGCAGACUGCACUGAGACAAACACGAGUCUGAGGCACAAAGCUGGAGAAGGUGACAAGCCACCUAGAGCACAUAAGCGAGUAAGAAAACCAAGCAAGAGGUUGAUUGAAUGGACUGAAGAGUAUGAUCAGAUUUUCUCCACGAGGAAGAAAACCAAAAAGCCUCUCCAGUUAAUUGGAAAGGCCUCUCAGCCCGUUACAUCCACGUCUGAACUCCCAGAAUUUGACAAGGACACGGACGACCACCCACCAGUGGACUUACUUCCUGAAAUACAGACUCCGCCUCCAGAGGAAAUGGCUGCAACAACGCCCUCUGAACUUCAAAUUUCCAGUCCAGAAAUCACAUCUCCCAAAGAGGCUCCGGUGCUUUCCAUUGACACACUGACCCCGCCUCCUGAAGCUGACCCUUCUCUGCCAGAAGGGCUCGUCAAAGACAAUGUAUCUGCUCCUGUGUUGGGGAGGAAGCGGAAGAGGAAACCUACUCAGAAGAUCCUGGAGUAUUGUCUGGAGGCCGAGGCCUCGACAGUCCCAAAGAAGAAGGUUAAAGCACUGAAGAACAACGUAAAUCCUGUUGCUCAGUCAGAUCCUGGAGCAGCGUCUUUAAAAUCAAAGAGUAAACAUCAACCAGCAUCCAGCUCUGCUCCAACAGCCACCGAGACUCUCACCUGUACGCCCACCUCCUCCAUUCAGACAGACCCUCCUCCCACUCCUCCUGCUCCUCCUGCUCCCUCCACUCAGGCACCGAGCCCACCUGAACCCCCCCAGGUGGAGACGGCAGAAGCUGACGCUGAAGCACCUCAAACAGAGGAUUAUGAAGAGGUGAAAAAGGACACGGCAGAGUCAGAGGGUGAACAGUCCAGCUUGGAUCAAAGCUUCUCCUCCAUGAAGGAUGAUUUGUCUCUCUGUGACGACCAACUUUUACCCUCCAGGAAGAUCAUAGGUGACCGAGGAGGCCCCGCCUCCAUGAAGGAGAACAUCUGUCAGGUGUGUGAGAAGACGGGGGAGCUGCUGCUCUGUGAGGGUCAGUGUUGUGGAGCGUUUCACCUCGCCUGCAUCUCUCUGGCCGAAGCACCUAAAGGGAAAUUUGUGUGUCCAGAGUGCAAAUCAGGUAUUCACACCUGCUUCGUGUGUAAGAAGCGCAGUGAGGAUGUGCGGCGCUGUAUGAUUCCUGUGUGUGGGAAGUUUUAUCACGGGGAGUGCAUCGCCAGCUUCGCCCCGACCGCACCUGUGACGCGAGGCUUCCGCUGCUCGAUCCACGUCUGUCUCACCUGCUUCAUCAGCAACCCCACCAGCCCGUCCAUCUCUAAAGGUCGUCUGGUACGAUGUGUACGCUGCCCCGUAGCUUAUCAUGCUAAUGACCUCUGCAUGGCAGCCGGCUGCGUGGUCCUCUCCAACAACAGCAUCAUCUGUCCCAACCACUUCACCGCCCGCCGCGGCGUCAAGAACCACGAACACGUCAACGUCAGCUGGUGCUUUGUCUGCACAGAAGGGGGCAGUCUGCUGUGCUGCGAGUCCUGUCCUGCUGCGUUCCAUCGGGAGUGUCUGAAAAUGGAAAUGCCAAAAGGCAGCUGGUACUGCAACGACUGCAAGGCCGGGAAGAAACCUCGAUACAAAGACAUCCUGUGGGUGAAGGUUGGCCGAUACAGGUGGUGGCCAGCGGAGGUGAGCCAUCCCAAAACGAUCCCGGAGAACAUCCAGAGAAUGAGGCACGAUGUCGGGGAGUUUCCUGUUCACUUCUUCGGAUCCAAUGACUACCUGUGGACGUAUCAGGCCCGGGUCUUCCCUUAUAUGGACGUGGACGCCAUCAGCAAAGAGAAGAUGGGGAAAGGUGUUGAUGCCACCUACAAGAAAGCUCUUGAAGAGGCUGCUCUGCGGUUUAGGGAGCUGCAGGCGGAGAAGGAGCUUCGUCAACUUCAAGAGGACAGAAAGAACGACAGGAAGCCUCCUCCCUACAAACAUAUAAAGGUGAAUCGACCAAUAGGAAAGGUGCAGAUCGUCACGGCCGACCUAUCAGAGAUCCCGCGCUGUAACUGUAAGGCGUCAGACGAGAGCCCGUGUGGGAUGGACUCAGAGUGCAUCAAUCGCAUGCUGCUUUAUGAAUGCCACCCGCAGGUUUGUCCGGCUGGUGAGCGGUGUCUCAACCAGGCGUUCACAAAGCGCCAGUACAGCCAGGUGGAGAUCUUCAGGACGCUUUCUAGAGGCUGGGGUCUCCGCUGUGUCCACGACAUCAAGAAGGGUCAGUUUGUGAGCGAGUACGUCGGGGAGAUGAUUGACGAGGAGGAGUGCAGGUCCAGGAUCAGACACGCUCAGGAGAACGACAUCUGUAACUUCUACAUGCUCACACUGGACAAGGAUCGAAUCAUCGACGCUGGGCCAAAGGGGAACGAGGCUCGCUUCAUGAACCACUGCUGUCAGCCGAACUGUGAGACGCAGAAGUGGACGGUGAGCGGAGACACCCGGGUGGGACUGUUCGCUCUCGUCGACGUUGCUGCAGGCACUGAGCUCACCUUCAACUACAACCUGGAGUGUUUGGGGAACGGGAAGACGGUGUGUAAAUGUGGAGCACCAAACUGCAGCGGCUUCCUCGGCGUCAGGCCGAAGAACAACCCUCCCCAACCGUCCGAUGACAAAGGUCGUAAGUUCAAGAGGAGGGGCAAGAGGAAGAAGAAGGCGGUGGUGACCAAAGAACGAGAGGACGAGUGCUUCAGCUGCGGAGACGGGGGACAGAUGGUUUCCUGUAAGAGACCCGGCUGUCCCAAAGUUUACCACGCCGACUGUCUCAACCUCACCAAGCGGCCUGCAGGUCGUUGGGAAUGUCCUUGGCAUCAGUGCGACAUAUGCGGAAAGGAGGCGGCGUCCUUCUGCGAGAUGUGUCCCAGCUCGUACUGCAACAAGCACCGCGACGGCCUCCUCUUCAUCUCCAAGCUGGACGGGAAACUCUGCUGCAGCGAGCACGACCCCUGUGGACCAGAACCUCUGGAGCCCGGGGAGAUCCGAGAGUACACAUCCCAACCCAGAGCCCUGACCUCGGGCCUGGGCAUGGCGGUCAUCCCCUCCGCUCCUCUUAACCCUACGACCAGCCUGAACCCGACCAGUAGGAGGAGCAAGGUGACCAGCGCCUCGGAGUCACUUCCUGCUUUUUCCAUCCCGGUGCCCAUCACUAUCCCCGUCUCCGCACCUCCCGCCUCACCUCCACCCAGCAGCUCGGAACCUCCCAGCAGCCCACACGUGUUCGACCUGCCUCACUACUCCCCCAUCUCCUCGUAUGAAGAAGAGAGGGAUGUGUUGGACGAGGAUGAGGAGCUGCUUGCAGAAGUGGAAGAGGAGGAGGAGGAAGAGGAGGAGGAGGAGGAGGAGGAUUCAGCUGAAGAGGGCGAGGUCGGGAGGCAGAAAUCAGAUUGUCACCAUGAGGAGGGAGAAGCGGUGAUGGAUGAGGUGGGGCUGGAAUACCUGGAGAUCAAAGACGAGGAGGAGGAGGAGGAGGAGGAGGAAGAUGAUGAUGAUGAAGAUGAGGAGGAGGAGGAGGAGGAGGAAGAAGAGGAAGAGGAGUGACAUACAGUGGAUUAUUCUUAUUAAUGGAGGAGGAACUUGAAUCAUGGGAAGCAGAUCACAAUACUCAAGUAGCCACUGUUUCGGGGGAAUUUUGAGGACAAAAGUAAAUCAACAAAAAAUAAAUUAUCUAUAUAAAUAAAAUGAAAAACUUUAUAGAGUCAUAUAUUAAAAAAAAAAGACCGAUAUUUCUUGAGUAUUAUUUAAAUUUUGUCCCGAGCUAUUCCUCCGUUCCGUUCUCCCCGCCCCCUGUACACACUCGCUGUAGUAAAACGGUUCAUUAUCAGUGACUCUGCACACAGACUGCACCUUCAUGUGAAAGGUCUAUACAUAAAAAAAAAAAAAAAACAUGAUCCGAACCUGCUACUCAGAACUCUGUGAGCACAUUUCACUCUGAUAUAGUUGUUUUUCGUCCUCACAUUUUCAACAAUAACACCCGCUGGUAAUUCUUUUGGUACAAUUUCAAGUGUCAUGUAUACACGUCAGAAAGCUGAUCUCCUAAAGCUUCAUGUGAGCACUGACAGUUUUUUUUUUUCUAUCUGCUGCACUGAAAGGUCAAGAGUGUGGGUGUUACACGCUAGAAAAAGAGAGCACGCUGUAGCUCUCUGUAAAGGCAGGGUAAAAGGUUCAGGUAGUCAACCUGUAAAAAUGACUUCCACUUGGUGCAAAGGACGGCCCUUGAGAUGAGUGAGAGUCUGUGGUUAUCAAACAUACUAGAUAAAAAAAAAAAAAAAAGAAGCUUUUAUUUAUCUGUAAACAAAGCAGUUUUAUUCCCUUUCCAGUUGACACACACGUGUCUUUUGGACGGCGGUUUGUCCCCCCGUGGUCAGUGGACUCUGGCUCAUGUGUUUUUGAUGUUUUCAUAAGGUUUUAUUCCCCUGACUCAGCAGUUCUUCUAAGAUCAAUAAACGGAGCUUCUUCAGCGGAGGGUUUCCAAAUCAGACCCCGUACCAAAAUGUGACAGUGCCAGAUGAUUGGCUGCCUGGUGUAGCCUCACAACGAGUUCACAAGACAACAGAAAUGUGUAACUGCAACAUUGAGGUUGUUGUUUUUCAUGGAAGUGAACCUUUUAUCUUGAUGAAGAGAAAUACAGUGCUGGACCGAAAGUUGGGAGCAAAAGGGAACUCUCUCUAAGUAUGACCGUUUCAUGCCAAAAGAAGGAAUGUCAGACUGACGAGGAUUCAGUGGAUUUUCAAAGGAAAGACACAGAGGAAGUGUGUGCAUCAUUAUGGGAUAUCAACGCUCUCUCGCAGGUAUUUCAGCAGCUCCAUAAUGACACAGAUUUCAUAUGCGACACUCGACAUGAUCUAACCCUGUUGCAACACGAACGGAAAAGUUGGCCCCGCCUCUUGGUCGCUCUCGAGUCAUCCGAAGGGAACGCAGAGAAAGUUUGCUCCGGUAGUCGUUAUUUAUAAACUUUAUGUUCUGUGACGCACAAAGUAUGACGAGGAAGAGGUUUGGGCAUUCACUCCCUCGUUCCCCUCAUCUUCUUGUUACUUCUUCGAGGGGUAAAAAAAAAACCACAAAAAGACUGGUGCUCAGAUGUGAGAUGCUCGGAGAGAGAGACGAACUCUUGCCAUGACGCUUGCACUUCAGUUUGUGUUCUUGCCACAUGUGUUUCGCUGUGUCUUCAAGCUUAAUAUCGUCCGUGUGUUAUCUGCCAAUGCCUUAGAGUGUAUUUGUGUGGAGAUAAUUUUUGAAGGAAUGGUUUGGCACCUGUGAGAGCCAAGGGUCCCUACUAAUGCCUUUUUACAGCUGCCCAGCGAGCAAUGUUUCAUUCCAGUGUAAUUAUGUCCUGUAGAUCUCAACCACUGACCUGUUCAAACAACCGCUAUAUAAAUAUAUGAGAAAAAGAAGUUAUGAAAUC